AUGCCACUUCGCGACAGGCUCCAACGCCAUAAUAAGAAACUGCUCAACACGACUACAGCCACGACGAGCCAGUAUGGGGCCUCAGAGGGAGCAGCAGCAGCAGCACCUACAACGCCCGUGAACAACACGACGGUCCCCGAAUUUACGUUCAUCCGCACAGACACCACGACACAAGAGGUGUUCCGGCCGCCGGUCUUCGAUGGCGACGCCCCCGAGCCCACCGACACGACAGCAGCGCAGCUCUCGCCCGUCUCCCCGCCCUCACAUCAUCGGAAAUCACUGAACCCGUUUCGCCGGUCGAGGGCGCCCUCGCAGUCGUCCGGGGUCACGGUCACGUCGCCGCCUCGGGCGCGCAGCGAAGGCCGGCUGUCGCAUCUGCUGCAUCUCGAUCGCGGCGGGUCGCGGAGUUCGAGCUCGUCGUCCGUCAACGUCCCCGCCGACCUCCCGCGGAUCACCACCGAUAAGGGCGAUGCGCAGGACAGAGAGGCGGAAUGGGAGCGCCGGGCCACCGUGCUGGUGCAGCGGAAUCCGCAGUUCGCUGCGUGCUUGUCGCCGACUACCACCUCGACGGGCUUCGGGCUGGACGGGGCGGCUUCGCGCUCGCGAAGCUCGAGCCAGAGUCGAAUUAAUGAUCCGGAGGGAGACGUCAACAUCCAGGAGGCCAUUCGGCUUCAUGAGGCUGGAGAUCUGGAGCAAUCGACGAAGAUGUUCGGCCGCUUAGCAGACCCGGAAGGGGCCAACAAUGCCCUCAGCCAAGUGCUCUAUGGGCUUGCACUUCGACAUGGUUGGGGAUGCGCGCCAGAUCAGGACAAGGCCGUUACGUAUUUGUCGGCGGCCGCGGCCAACUCCGCUUCGAUCGAGUCCGAGGCGCUCCAGGCCGGUAUCAAGAAGGGGGGUUCUGCCAAGGGCGAGCUUACUCUGGCGAUCUUCGAGCUUGCCAACUGCUUCCGCAACGGCUGGGGCGUCAAGAAAGACCCCGUCGCAGCACGCCAGUACUACGAGACAGCCGCCAAUCUCGGCGAUACGGACGCCAUGAACGAGGUUGCUUGGUGCUACCUAGAAGGGUUUGGAGGGAAGAAGGACAAAUUCGUGGCCGCCAAAUACUAUCGAUUGGCGGAGGAAAAGGGCAGCAAAAUAAUCGGCAAUUCCUGGUAG